UUUCUUUUGCAAGAUAUUGAUGAAAAUCGUCGACCAACGAAAAUCUGUGGCAGAACUGUACCUAAAGACGUUGGGUGUAACUUACCUUUGGUGUGCCCUGUGACAAUGGCGGGACAAAAACAUUGUGGAUGCCACGAAUUGAGUAUUUAUGACGACGGGUUUUGCUGUCCUAAGAGGAAUGAAUCUGUACAUCACUAUUACAAGGACAAUACGUACACUAAGCCGAACGUUUACAUAAAACAACCGACAUCAACAUACACUAAGCCGAAAGUUUACAUAAAACAACCGACUUCAGUAUACACUAAGCCGAAAGUUUACAUAAAACAACCGACCGCAACAUACUUUAAGCCGAAAGUUUACAUAAAACAACCGACAUCAACAUACACUAAACCGAAAGUUUACAUAAAACAACCGACCUCAACAUACACUAAGCCGAAAGUUUACAUAAAACAACCGACCGCAACAUACUUUAAACCGAAAGUUUACAUAAAACAACCGACCUCAACAUACUUUAAGCCGAAAGUUUACAUAAAACAACCGACAUCAACAUACACUAAACCGAAAGUUUACAUAAAACAACCGACAUCAACAUACACUAAACCGGAAGUUUACAUAAAACAACCGACCUCAACAUACACAAAGCCGAAAUAUUACAGAAACCAACAGUCUAGAACAUACUAUAAGCCGAAAUCUUACAGAAACCAACAGUCCAGAACAUACUAUAAGCCGAAAUCUUACAGAAACCAUCAGUCCAGAACAUACUAUAAGCCUACUUCUUACAUUAAACAACAACCCAAAACAUACUAUAAACCGAAAUCUUACAGAAACCAACAGUCCAGAACAUACUAUAAGCCGAAAUCUUAUAGAAACCAUCAGUCCAGAACAUACUUUAAGCCUAAAUCUUACAUUAAACAACAACCCAAAAAAUACUAUAAACCGAAAUCUUACAGAAACAUACAGUCCAGAACAUACUAUAAGCCGAAAUCUUACAGAAACCAACAGUCGAGAACAUACUAUAAGCCGAAAUCUUACAGAAACCAACAGUCCAGAACAUACUAUAAGCCGAAAUCUUACAGAAACCAACAGUCCAGAACAUACUAUAAGCCAAACUUUAGAAGAAGCAACAACUGGAACUUCCAAAGAAGAAGAAGGUAUAGAAGAAGAGGCUGAAAUGAAAGAAUCAGUCAUCAAUAUAUACUAAUAAAAUCUUCAAU